GACGCCGCGCCUGCGGGGUUUGCGCUGGAGCAUCAAAUCCGGUCUCAAAUGUUCUCCUGCUUAUAGAGAGAGGCGGCCGCCGGCCCGUGGCGCGGGACCACCUGUGAGGGCUGCUGAGAUUGGCGGAGGCGAUCAUGUGGGCGGUCACGUGCCGCGGCGAGCUCCGUCCAAAAGAAAAUGGGGUUUGGUGUAAAUCUGGGGGUGUAAUGUUAUCAUAUAUCACGCUACCUCGUAAAACCGACACUGAAAGCUGCCGGACAACAAAUCACAGGUCAAAAUUAUGAGUUCUUCGUAUUAUGUGAACGCGCUUUUUAGCAAAUAUACGGCGGGGGCUUCUCUCUUCCAAAAUGCCGAGCCGACUUCUUGCUCCUUUGCACCCAACUCGCAGAGAAGCGGCUACGGGCCGGGCGCCGGCGCCUUCGCCUCCUCCGUGCCGGGCUUAUACAAUGUCAACAGCCCCCUCUAUCAGAGCCCCUUCGCGUCCGGCUAUGGCCUGGGAGCCGACGCCUACAACCUGCCCUGCGCCUCCUACGACCAAAACAUCCCAGGGCUCUGCAGUGACCUCGCCAAAGGCGCCUGCGACAAGGCGGACGAGGGUGUGCUGCACGGCCCGACCGAGGCCAGUUUCCGCAUCUACCCCUGGAUGCGCAGUUCAGGACCGGAUAGGAAGCGGGGGCGCCAGACCUACACUCGCUACCAGACGCUGGAGCUGGAGAAGGAAUUCCACUUCAACCGCUACCUGACGCGGCGCCGCCGCAUCGAGAUCGCUCACGCGCUCUGCCUCACCGAGCGCCAGAUCAAGAUCUGGUUCCAAAACCGGCGCAUGAAGUGGAAGAAGGAGCAUAAAGAUGAGAGUCAGGCUCCCACUACAGCCCCCGAAGACGCGGUGCCCUCCGUUUCCACGGCUGCUGACAAGGCCGAAGAGGAGGACGAAGAGGAAGAGGAGGAGGAAGAGGAGGAAGAGGAAUAAAGGGGCAGGCACAGGACCCUGGCUUCACUGGACAGUUGGAAAAGCGUCUUUAAGAGACUCGUUGAUUUUAGUUACAAAAAUGGGGGGGAAUAAAGUGUAAAA